AUGAAGGCGGCGGGCGCCUGGCUCCUCUGCCUGCUGCUGCUGGGCCUGGCCCUGCGGGGGGCUGCCAGCCGAGCCCACCAGCACUCCAUGGAGAUCCGCACCCCCGACAUCAACCCUGCCUGGUACGCGGGCCGCGGGAUCCGGCCUGUGGGCCGCUUCGGCCGGCGGAGAGCUGCCCCGGCGGAUGGAUCCAGGCCCGGCCCCCGGCGCUUGCCGGCCUGCUUCCCCCUGGAGGGUGGCGCCGAGCCCUCCCGAGCCCUCCUGGGGCGGCUGAUGGCCCAGCUCGCCCAGGAGUAA